CAUUAUCUCUCUACCUCUUGUUUAGUCUAACAAGGAAGCAAAGCUAAAGCUCGGACUACAACACCAUCCUCUGUGUGUGUCUUCAUCUGAGCCAUAUUUUUGGCAGAAAAUCAUGUUUAGAAUUGGUUUGAGCAGUGAAAACGUUUUCUAUUCAAGGGCUUUGUUUGCUGAGAGCUUCCACAGGUUGUUAUCUACUCAGACUGGAAGGAAGAUACAAGAAAAGGUAGCUCUGAUCACUGGAGCAGCUAGUGGAAUAGGAAAGGCUGCAGCAACAAAAUUCAUCAAUAAUGGGGCCAAGGUUAUUAUUGCUGAUAUCCAACAACAACUUGGCCAAGAGACUGCAAAAGAACUAGGACCUAAUGCUACUUUUAUAAAGUGUGAUGUCACCAAAGAAUCAGACAUAUCUAGUGCUGUUGAUUUUGCCAUCUCUGAAUUCAAACAACUUGAUAUCAUGUACAAUAAUGCAGGGAUAGCCUGCAAAACUCCUCCAAGCAUUGUUGACCUGGAUUUGGCAUUGUUUGACAAAGUCAUGGAGAUAAAUGUUCGUGGGGUUGUGGCAGGCAUCAAGCAUGCAUCACGUGUAAUGAUGCCACGUGGAGCUGGAUCCAUUAUCUGCACAGCCAGUGUCACUGGAGUGAUGGGAGGAAUGGCCCAACACACUUACUCAAUAUCCAAGUGUGCUGUUAUAGGCAUUGUUAAAUCUUUAGCUUCAGAGCUGUGCAGGUAUGGAAUCCGAGUCAAUUGCAUAUCACCUUUUGCCAUUCCCACUACUUUUGUCAUGAGUGAAAUGAGUCAGAUAUAUCCACAUCUUGAUGCUCAGCGACUUGUAGACAUAGUUCAUAAUGUUGGUGUUCUGAAGGGAGCAAAUUGUGAACCCAAUGAUAUUGCUAAUGCUGCACUUUAUCUUGCAUCUGAUGAUGCCAAGUAUGUUAGUGGACAUAAUUUGGUUGUGGAUGGAGGUUUCACAUCUUUUAAGAAUUUGGAGUUUCCUGCACCAGAUCAAGGACAGUAGAAGUUUGUCCAAUAUAUUUUAGAAAAAAGUAACAAUGAUGAAAAACACCUUCCAAUUUAAAAAUUUAAGUACUUGUUUAGUAAGAGUGAGUUAUUUCACUUUUAUCCGUACUCUUCUAAAUAUAUUCAAGCAUGGAAUUUAAGGGCAACCCCAAAUAGGAUUAGUUUCACACCCAAAAGGUUGGGAUACCCACGCAAUGAUUAAGAAAAAGGCAUGGCAUUUAAGUUCAUUCUGUAGGCAAAACAAGAAAGUCUCAAGCUCUCAGCAAAGAAUUCUUCAGUCUGAUUUUAGAUAAAAUAACUUCUUAAAAGUAAAUAUAUGAAAGAGUUGUGUAAUGAAACUAUGAUA